GCCCGUGUGAAAGGCAGAAGGCGAUUUUAAUGGCGAGAGUGUGCUUCUCUUCGACGUUCCCGCGCGCGCUCCAUUUCGUGAUUCACCGUCACUCUCCCUCCUCCAUUUCGCUGCUUCUAAACUCCCUUCACUUUAAAAUUAACGGGAGAAGGGAACGGUCUGUGACUGGUAUUGUUAGGGCUUUUCAAUCUUUCUCUGCUAAACCUAUGAGUUGGUGGGAAGACGUUCAGGAACCUCGGGUUCUCGUCGCUCCCGAUCCUGGUACAAAUGGAAACGGUUUGGGAGAUAUGAUAUUGCUCCGCCAUCCCAAAUCUGGAAAUGGAACACAAUAUCUGUUUGUAAAUGGAGUGCUUCAAGAACUUCAAUGGUUUAAGAACUUGUAUGGAUCUUGGUUUUUGGGUGAUUAUAUAAGUGAAGAUGGUCGGCUGUAUUUAUCCACACCAAUUGAUCCUGUUUUCAUUAUGUUGCCUAUAUUUGAGGAUGCUAGAAUGAAGAAAGGGGAUGAUCUUGGGAAGUUCAGGCAAUUGGAUGAGAUCUUGUUUAUUGAUGGGUAUCCUGGCUAUCAGCAAUUAUUGUCUGUUGUGGAGAACUGCAUGCAAGUAGUUUGCGAAGUCAAAGAAGUAGGAUCCUUAAAAUUCUUCAGACUUGAUGACUCAAAGGUUCUACGUUGGCUGUGCUAUAAGGUUUAUCAGCUGAAACAGACACUACCCAAAUUAGACAAAAACUAUGCUGUUCAAUCAGAGAAAGACACAUUGAUUGAUGCGGUCUCUAUUUUAGGAGAGUAUUUGAAGGAAGAGCCUUGGUUGCAGCUUUUGUGUAAGCAUCUCAAGUUAAAUAUACUUGAUGUUACCGGAAAAACACAAGUAAAUGCUGAAGGAAGUAACUCAGGUUUAUGUAAUGAAUUACAGGAACGGAGUGAUAAGAAGGUUGCAGUUGCAAAGAAAGGUAGACAAACAAAGAAGGUAAAAUUGGAGACAGAAUCACAUAACAUCAAGGAUAUGUUUUCGAGGGCCUCCCGAAAGAAAAGUUAAAAUUAUUCCUUUCCCAUUUGCAUUGGUGGAAAUGGGUCAUUGUCACGUUGUAUCAUUUUUCUAGACUUGCGAGUAGUGGAUAAGCACUGAGUCAGUUCCUAGUUUGUACCAUCCGUUUAUUGCUAUUCAUUUCGAGAUUUUAUUAUUAUUAAUUUAUAUAAUCCAAUUUGAUACCCUUACCUUUUC